AGUCAUAGCGAUAUUAAAUUUUCCGGAAUUAUUGAAGUGAAGAAAAACACGCUACCAAAGUGAUACAUAUAGAAAAUUUACGUAAAUUUUAAUAUUCAAAUUGAAUCAUAAGGGAAACUAAUAAUAGAAACGAGAAAGUACUAAAAGCAAUAUGGUGAUACCCAAGGAAAUAUUGAGUGAUUACAAGGAAGUGUACGAAAAGGCGGUCAAAUUGGUCAAUGAGGAAAGUAAAAAUGACCCGCCCACAGACCCAUAUCGAUCACAUUACGAGGCCAGGGAUUUGCUAUUGCAAAUGAAGGAAAAUCUUAAGAACUCUUUGAUUUCCGUACAAGCGGAAGAGGCUGACAAUGGAGUAGAUGAUUUCACCUAUCAAAUUAUACAGGCCUUUGUUUGUCGUGAUCUGGGACGCAUUUAUGUUUUCUGUGAGGAAGCUUCGACUGGAGAAAAUUAUUUAAAGGAAUGUUUAGAUUUAGUUAAGGAGAGGAAAUUGGAACCAAUUGCAGUUAUACCUUAUGUGGGAGCUAUGAACGAAUUAGGCAUUGUCUAUGCCAAUCGUUCCGAAUAUAAAAAAGCUCAUGAAUAUUUAAUUGACAGCGAAAAGGCCUACAAAGAUUUCAAGUCAUCUUCCAAGAAUGCUUUAGCUAUUACCGAUAUAUUUGGUACUGAAGAGGAAAUUGAAGAGGGCAAAGGUCCUAAGGAGUUGGAAAGUCUCUACACUUUAUGUACUUUUUAUAUGGCUCAGGUUUAUGGUCACCUGGGAGAGUUGGAAAAAUCUGCUCAAUAUUGUCAUCUAACUUUGAGAAGACAAGUAGAAGCAAAAUCAUAUGAGGCCAUUGAUUUUGCCUUAAACUCUGCUACACUAUCGCAAUACUUUAUAGGACAAAACAUGUUCAAGCAGGCACGUCAUCAUUUGGCGGCAGCCACUUUGGUAAUGGCCGAACAUGAGGAAAAAAUGUUAACGCCACCCGAUCUUACGGACAAACAAAAACAAGAUAUUCAAGAGACCUUCAAACAUCGUUACGCAGAUAUUGCUCGCUGUUGGGCCAAAUAUGGUUUAGGUCUAUUAUCAGCUUCCAAGGAUCGUUUAUUUAACGAUGAUGAUGAAAAAUUAGCAGAAGAUGCCAAACGUCUAAAAAUAGACUCCAAUUCUUAUCUAUUUCCCAAUAUGUCCCUCGAUACGUACGAGAAACGUAUUAGCUGUGAUUAUUGUUUAACUUUUGACGACGCCAAAGAAGUCUAUCAUUUUGUAACCAAAUGGUUAGAUAUGGCCAAAGAGUAUUAUACCCCGGAAAAUGAAGCUAGUGAAUAUGCUAAAAUUAUUAAGGAUUAUGCUGAACUUUAUUUGCAUAUUGCUUUCUUCGAAGAAGAUCCUGUCAAUCAAUCGAAAAUGCAAAAGCGCAGAGCUAAAUAUUAUGAAGAACUAUUGGAGCUGUUGAAUCCAGUAUUUUAUAUGGCUAUUUGUCGCGAAUGUUGGUAUGGUGCUGGUCUCGCCUAUUGUGCUAUUUUGGAUAUAAAACUGGACUGUUUCAAAGCCAAUCGUACUGCAAAUCCACAGGAACUGCACAAAAUCAAUCAAGUAUGCCAUCAGGCCAUACAGAACUUCAAAAGCUUUAUUAAUUCUUACACUGAUAAGGAUGGUAGCCUUAAGACUAACAUCGAUGUGGAGGAACAACGUACUCUCCUCUAUGCUCACUUCCAUUUGGGAAGACUGCACUAUAAAAUUAUUACCCCCGACCAGAAUUUACAAUUGGAGAAUCUCUCCAACAGCCUUAAGUAUUAUAAAAUAUUUACCGACGAAUGCGCUAAACUCGAGGAAGCAUCUAAAGCUUUGCAAGCCGAAAUUGGAGUAUGCCGUGAAAUGGUUAAUUUAUUACCUUUAAAAAUUGCCAACGUUAAAAAACGUUUGCAUAAAUAGAUAUCUACUUUUGAAAAGGUAAAAUGUUAAUUUAUUUAUUUAUUCGUUAGUUGUAACAUAAGCCUGUGUGCAUUUUAAAAGCAACCCGUCUCAAUUCUUGUCAGUGUCUAGUUAAAAAAUAGUUCAAGCUUUUCUAUAAUAAUUUAGCUAAAAUAAAAUACUCAAAUUAUAUGUCUUAUUCUUAA